AGCGGCGAUGACGCAACACGCACAGUACGUGCUUUCGUAGCCUAGACUGAGACCCUAGUGACGUCAGACGUCACGUCCCGGCUACAUCUUCCACCAAUCAUCCCCGACCGGCUUGUACAAUGGCGAAGGUGUCUGACAUGUUUGAUGUUAAUUGGGAAGAUAUGCGCGACAAGAUGAAAACCUGGCGAGAAGAAAACUACAGGAACAGCGAGCACAUCCUCGAAGUCGGCGAAGAGUUGCUGAACGAGCACUCUUCCAAGCUCGGAGACGAUAUAUGGAUAGUACAUGAACAGGUGUUUGUUGCUGCCUUGGAUUGUGGUCGUGAUGACAUAGCAAUGUCUUGUCUACAAGAACUACGAAGGCAGUUUCCUGGCAGCCACAGGGUUAGGAAACUCACUGGCAUGAGAUUCGAGGCCUUGGAAAGGUAUGAUGAUGCUCUCCAGAUAUAUGACAGGAUAUUACAAGAAGAUCCAACCAACACAGCGACAAGAAAAAGGAAGAUUGCCAUUCGCAAAGCCCAGGGGAGAAACGCAGAGGCAAUCCGAGAGCUGAAUGAGUAUCUGGAACAAUUUGUAGGUGACCAAGAAGCUUGGCAUGAACUGGCGGAACUUUAUAUCAAUGAACUUGACUAUGCAAAAGCCGCUUUUUGUCUGGAGGAACUUAUAUUAACCAACCCGCACAACCACUUCUACUACCAGCAGUUUGCUGAGGUGAAAUACACUCAGGGGGGACUUGAAAACCUUGAACUGGCUAGAAAAUAUUUCUCCCAGUCUCUGAAGCUGAACAACCACAAUAUGAGAGCCCUGUUUGGUCUCUAUAUAUCAUCAGUCCACAUUGCAGCUAACCCCAAAGCCAGCGCAAAGAUGAAGAAGGAUAAUGUGAAAUUCGCUACAUGGGCUUCCAGUCAGAUCAAAAAAGCUUACCAGCUUGCAGGCCGGACCAUGAUGGACUCUCAGAUGUCUUUGAAAGCAGUGGAGAACAUGCUGGAAACAUUACAGAUAACCCAGUCCUAAAAAAUCUCAGUUUCACGACCUGACAAGAUUAUUCUCAUGAAGGAUUCGGUUCAUUGGCUCAUCUACAGAGUGGAGCGCACUCAUUGGCUGUACACAAUGGAAGCAGAGAUACACAACCAAUCAAUUCACCAGGAGCCUGUGACAUCACUACGACGUGAACAAGAUUUCUACAUUAGUAUCGCCUUUUUUUUGUUAAAUUAUUUUUCUUGAUUUUACCUAAGAUAGAAUAUAUCUGUAUAUUAACAACAAAGUGACUAUGAAUCACAGAGCCACGUUACAUAGAGCAUUCAUCUGCAUUGACCCCUGUACCACUGCAUUAUGGACAGGAAGCAGCACACUAUGAUUUCAGAUAAAUUGCGGCAGAACCAUAGUUUAUUCAAUUGACACAAUAUCGAUUAAAUUUUGAUUGCACCCCUAAGAAUGAAUUUUGUCACUGCAUUAUCUUUUGGCACACAGCUACACAAGCUUCUCUACAUUUUUUAUAUUUAUUUUAUUCUAGAUGCACUGACGUGGGUAUACGGUAUGCUGUGUUAGGGUAGGGUCACACACAGCGCCGACGGCAGUCACAGAGCAGACACACACUGCUACCCAGCCACAGCAGGGAGCUGACUCUGCUAUCGCUCUGUGACUGCCGUCGGCGCAUCCGCAGUGUGAAAUACGCUGCAGAUGUGCUGUGUGACCCUACCCUUAUUGUGAAAAUGUCUGAAAUUUAAAAUUUUUUAGAAGAAACAAUAAAUAGCUGAACAAGUCUAUGGGAUGGGUUUUAAACACUGUCACUAUUAAAAAAAAAAACAACUUUUGACGUGUUUGACAAGACAUGUCGAUAGUUAUAAUCGUUUUUUAGACUGCUAUCGGUCUUACAGUUUAAGUCUAUGGAAUGGUCUUGAUCAGCUGCACUUUUCUUCCCACUCAUUCUAACAAUAACAUAUAGUAAACCAGUCUUCAAAAGGAUCGUGAAGAGUGAAAAAUGGAUAGAUAAAUGGAGAGAAAAGGAUGAUAUCCAGUGUGAAUGUCACAGUAAAAUGUUGUAAAUCCGUAUUCUGGACCUGAGAUAUGGCUAAUUAAGUGUACAAUAUUUAUUAUACAUAAAAUGGUAAUCCGCUACUGUCCAAGCAGGGACCUUGCAAUGGAAAUAGUAAGAUAGUAAAAAUUGCAAAUAAAUAUAAUGACAAGUGUUAAAUGGUAUAAAACAGAAAUGGAAUAUAAUAAAACUACCUAUAAGGAAUCAAAUGUCCAUAAUGAAAUGCCUCAGUCUCUUAGAAAUUCACUAAAGAUAAGUGUGGAACGGGUCUCUUAAAAGAUUAGAAGGUUGAUGCACGGCACCACUCACCACCUUGUAGAUCGCUCUGCACUUGCAGGUUGGCAUGGAGCUGUGUCCGGCCUCUGGAUAGUGGAUUUGAUGCAGUCUGAGUGCUGGAAGUCCCAGAAUGUCCUGAUGCAGUUGGCCUGUGAGCGUACUUCAGGAUCGACAGUCUCUGCACUCGCCGUCACGCUCCCUCCCAUAGACUUGCAUAGCGGGGGGGGUGACGUCACACGGGGCCGGAGUCGGGACGUCACCAUACUCCGGCCCCGUGGUCGCCACCCGGCUGUUUGUGAGCUGGCACCCGGCAUCCAGCUCAAAUAGGUGGGUGGCGAACACAAGAUUGCGGGGGUCCCCAGCGGCGGGACCCAUGCAGUUAGACAUCUUAUCCCCUAUCCUUUGGAUAGGGGAUAAGAUGUCUCAGGGCCUGAGUACCCCUUUAAUGCCCAAAUUGGGUGCCUUAGUAUAUACGAUGGGUGGGUUACUGGGGAUGUGCUGUCCAAUCAAUUUGUAAUUUCCCAAAAAAUGCCAAUUUUUCUUUCAAUUUGCUUGUCAUCUUUAUUAAAAGGUAAAAUGAAUUUUGGAUCCUGGUCAUGUGAUUGAGGUUCAUUGAUAUUGGGUGUAAAAAAACAUGGAUCUAUCUAACUCCUGCACUUUACUAAUAGAUUGAUCCAAGAUGUGUUUAGGAUAGUUUUUCUCCAGGAACUUGUCAGUCAGGGCAUUAGCCUCUAUUUCAAAUUGAGAUCCAAGGGUACAGUUCCUCUUGAGUCUACAAUAUUGGCUCAAGGAAUUAUUUAAAAGCCAUCUUGGUAGAUGACAGCUGUUAAAAAGAAUAAAACUAUUUUUGGAAAUGGGUUUAUGGUAGGUGCUGCAAAUCGGAUUUGGUUGUUUGGCUGAAAUUUAAAUAUCCAAAAAUUCUAAAACAUCUGUACUAAUGUGUGGUGUAAAAUGUAGAUUUAAAGAAUAAGUAUUCAGUUCCUGGAUAAAAACCUCCAAAUUGUUCCUGGAACCUUUCCAAAUAAAAAGCAUAUCUCUUUA